AUGCAAAAUCGCAUUGACAGGCUUGAGGGACUGGUGUUAUCAUUGAUGCAUGGCGGCGCAAACAUUGAGAUAUCGCCAGCUUCAGUUGCAAACAGAAGCUCAUCUGACCCUGCUUCCAAUGCCACACCCUCUACGGUAGAAAAUAACUCUGCUACGUCCAAAGUCGAUACGCACUUGGAGGAUGCGAUGCAGGAUGAAGAUGAAAGCGAUAUCGAAGAUGUAGCCAAGUCGCUUGGCGUGCUGAAAGUUGACCCAACGAAAAGUAAACAUAUCUACCUCGGAGAAGAGCAUUGGCACACCAUUCUGCUCGAUAUCACCGAGGUCAAGAAUUAUUUCGCAUCCCACAGGAAGGAGCUGGAAAACAGCUAUGAGCAGGUCAAGCGUAGCAAGCCCUCCACGGCCAUGGCUCCGCCCGCGCUGCUAAUGGGGGCUAUACCGGCGACUGAAGUUGAGCUUCGAGCUGAACUGCCACCCAAGUCGACCGUCUUGACGCUGUGUGGGAGAUACUUCAAUUCCAUGGAUAAUGCUGUCAACAUCAUACACGCACCCACCUUUCACCAACAACUUCGAAAUCAUUGGCAGGACCCAUCCAAGACGCCAAUCAUGUGGCUAGGGCUGCUCUACUCAAUCUUGUGCUUGGCUAUGCUUUCAUACCACAAGGUCGGGGACGAGCCUCCAGAGUGGAGAGGGAGAGCGCUCGAGCUGGCCGACGAGUACCGACUGCGAACCGUGCAGUGCCUGAUAGCGGGCGACUACACCAAGCCGGCCGAGUAUACCGUCGAGACCAUGAUCCUCUAUGCCUUUUGCGAGUAUUCUUCCCGUUGGGAUGCCGAUCUGGGCCUGUGGCUGAUCAUAUCGCUCGUCACGAGGGUGGCACUACGCAUGGGAUACCACCGUGAUGGUAAGUGGUUUCCCACAACCAUCACGCCUUUCCAAGCCGAGAUGAGGCGAAGAACAUGGGCCUUGGUCAGGACGACAGAUAUUUUCUUUUCACAUCAAGUAUCGCUUUCAAGCAUGAUCAAUGACCAUGACUGUGACACGGAGAUGCCACACAACAUCUUUGACGAAGAGUUUGGCCCAGAUACAAAGGUACUACCUCCGUCCAGGCCGAGCUCCGAGCCCACACCCAUCAGCUACAUGAUCGUCAAGAUCCGCCUUUGUCUGGAGCUCGGCAAUAUCCUGCAGAUAACUGGCCGAGUCAAGAACCAAGUUCAUUACGACGAAAUCCUUCGGCAUGACUCCAAGUUGCGCGCCAUCAAGGCAGAGCUUCCACCUCACCUGAAGUUGCAGCCACUCGAGGGCUCCCAUGACCCGCUCACACUCAUCAUCGCGCGGUUCAACAUCGAUAUCCUUCACCUGAAGAUUAUAUGUCUUCUUCACAGAAAAUAUCUGCCUAGGGCAAGGCACAAUCCCCGGUACGCUCACUCUCGUCGCAGCGCCAUCGAGGCAUCCCUCGAAACAUUGCGGCAUCUGGCGACCUUGCACAGAGAAUCACAGCCCAACGGGCGCUUGCAGUCGAUCAAGUGGUAUGUCACUUCGGUGGCAACCAAAGAUUUCUUGCUUCCCGCAAUGCUCAUUGCUCUGGAUCUCCACUUUGAUAACGAGGCGCAGCGGUCUGGGGAGCGGCAGAGCUCCCACAGUCUGUAUUUUUGGACUCGCGAGCAGCGGGAGGAGAUGAUCCGUAGCCUCGAGCAGACGAUAGAGAUCUGGAAGGGGCUCGUUGACACCUCGAUCGAGGCGGUCAAGGCCUCGAACGUGUUGGAGGUCAUGCUGGCCAAGAUCAAGAGUUUCGUUCGGCCAGACAGUGUGGGAGCAAGUCCGCCCGAAGCGGUGAUGCGUAAUGAUUUUUUCGGGUCAGUCAACUCGGGGGUGUCGCAGCCGGAGCACUCGGCCGCCAUGAGGCUGGGAAUGCUGUCAAGUGGAAACCCCCCGAGCGGCAACCUGUCCUCGGCGUUCGACACUGUCCAGAGUCCUGGGGGUGCCACUUAUUCGGCUCUUGACCUGGGACUGAAAUCAGACGCGGGGGCCGCCUCUGAUUUUGCAAAUGCCUCGUUGCUGGAUGGAGUGCAGUCUCCGCUAUCCAUGUUCAAUAGCAUGGCACACAGUGGUAUGGAUUUUGGAAGCAACUUUGACUGGGUGAGCAGUCCCACCAUCCUGUGCCAACACCGGCCCGACUCUUGCUUCUUUGCUGACGCAGUACAUUACAUGUAG